AUGCUGAAGUGCGCGAUGAGCGGCGGUCAGGUGAAAGUGUUUGGGAAGGCAAUUCAAGCUCUAUCACGAAUUAGUGACGAGCUGUGGCUAGACCCAUCUGGAAAAGGUCUUGCUCUAAGAUCUGUGAAUUCUUGUCAAUCAGCAUAUGGAUGUGUCCUGUUCUCUCCUGUGUUUUUCCAACAUUAUCAGUGGUCAACCUCAGUGAAAAUGAAUGAAAAUGAAAAUGAUGUAACACUGAGUUUAAAUUGCAAAUUGGGAAUGAAGGAUCUUAUACCAGAAUUUAAAUGUAUUAACUCCAUGUUUAGGAUUUUGAAAAACUGCCGACUGUUUUCUAGGGCAACUGCAUGUAAAGUUCUGAACCCCAAGUUCUGCUAUGACACAGAUUUGACCAAGUCUGUGUACAGUGAGAUGUCUGUUGGCUCAGAUGAGUUUGAUUUCUUUCAUAUUGAAGUAGACACUGAAAUAACAUUUUGCUUUAAAGAAUUGAAGGGAAUGCUGAUAUUUUCAGAAGCCACACAUGCUCCUGUAUCCAUUCAUUUUGACUUUCCUGGAAAGCCUAUGGCUUUAAGUAUUGAUGACAUGUUAUUGGAAGCUAACUUUAUUUUGGCCACAUUAGCUGAUGAGCCAAGUAGGGCAUCUUCGCCACAAUCACUAUGUCUUUCACAGAAACGAAAAAGGUCAGAUCUGAUACAGUCAAAUUCAAAGGCUGGUGAAAGUGUAAGCAACGAGAGCCUGGAGUGUAUUUUAAGAAAAGCAGCACCUAGAAGUCUUUAUCCUAAUGAGAUGCACACAAGCAUCUCUUCAUUGGAAAACUAUAGCAGCCCUGUAAUGAAAAGAGCAAAUGGGGACAUCAGUAAAGUGCCAGAAAACAGUGUCAGCAACACCGAGGAAGUGCCAGCAUCUACACCUCUCAGAAAGGUAAAAGAAAAAAAGAAUUUAAUGGAAGUGAUGCGAAAUAAUUUUAUAUUAUCUGACAUAAGAAAGCAACCUCCACUGCCAAGAAAGCCUGGGUUUGUAGUGGAAUGAGGUGGAAGACAAUGUCUAUGUUCUUUGGCCUUUUAAGAAUUAGCUUUUCACCUGCACAAAUGGACUAAAAAGUAUGGCACAAAAAUAUUGUUAUGUAACAUCUUGUGGUGUGUGCCUCUCCCUCCCCCAUACCUGUUUACAGCCAAUUAACCAUAACUCAACAAACAAGACUUUUGUAACAUCUUAUUGUUAAGUCUUUAUGAAACCAUCAAACCAUAAGGAAGUGUUCAUGGAAGCAGUUGUUCUUUAGUUUUUGUGAGAAAUUCAUAAAGGUGGCUGUGGAUGCAUGCUUUAGAACUGUGAAUAGAGUUCCAACUGAAACCAGAAUGAAUUUGGCUCUUGUAGCUUGGUAAUGAGUCAUAGUUACCCAUAAUAACCUAAUAAAAACUCCAGUUCA